UUGCCUUCGACAAUGUCAAGACAACUCUCUGUACGCCGCGGCCGCAAGCCAAGGAUUUCCCCUGCUGUUCGGGAUCUCUCGUUCAGCGACGUUGAUGACCCCCAGCCAUCGACGUCGGGAAUCCAACGCUUGCGGAAUGCCCCAGAUCCUCUUCUAUACCUGUAUUCUACAGACGAAGAGGAUUAUACACCUCCUCUGAAAUUGCCUAGGACUAGCGAUCUCUCUGAAGUUGAAAUCUCCACUCGAUUUGACGGUGACGACUCGGAUUGGGAGGGAUCCGAGUUCGAUACCGAAGAGUCGGGUGUGGACGACGACUCAGAUGAAGAUUUUGACUAUGUCCCGCUGGUGGAUACCUCUUUGGACUCCGAUGAGCCCCUCGCAGAAUACGUCAGACGACAUUGGGAGCGUAAUGCUCCGGGAACUCCCUCUUUUUGUUGGUCGAAGAGGGAGAAUUUCGUCAGGCGUCACUGCUUCGAGGGGACACCGGGUGUGAAAGCACCCCUUGAAGACUCGUCGACCCCAUUAGAAGUGUUCACCAGUGUGUUCCCAGAGGAGUUGUUUCAGACCAUCAUGGACGAGACGAAUCGGUAUGUUCGACAGAACCCGCGCACCCCUUCAUCCCAUAUGAAGGGGUGGGAGGACACAACGGUGCGGGAAGUCCGCUCCUAUGUCGGCUUACGAUUCCUGAUGGGCCUUCAGUCGAAGAGGGACCAGAGGGAAUGGUGGUCGACGGACCCGUUGAUGUCCUCGUCGGUGUUCGCCAAGACGAUGACCAGGGACCGCUACGAUGCCCUGACCUCUGCGCUCCACUUCGCUGAUAACGAAGGGGAGCAUCCCGCGGAGGACAGGCUUUGGAAGCUGCGCCCUGUGUUAGGAGAGGGCUGAAGGUCUACAAGCUUUGCUCGUCCGACGGUCCAGAG